AGAGCAAUAGACUGCGGACGUUGAAUGCCCCAGGCUUGAUUGGAAACUUUGAAUAUAUCUAUGCACCCAGUUUAGUGCAGAGCUACAUACUGCAGAACGAUGCGCAAGCAUGUUUUUGUUAUCACUCUUCUUCUUUUUGUGGUCGGUAAGACGAAUACAAACACAACGCGCAGCUGCUUCCCGAUACGUCGUCGGCAUGUCUACCGAAUCAAGCAGUUUAUGAACUGCCUAGAGCCGAUAUGGACGUACAGAACAUCCAAAUCAACUAGGAUCCGCUGCCAGUAUGACCAAAUGGUUACUAUAGAACCACUGACCGUUUUCUUCAACAGAACUAUUUUGAUCAGUAGGCAAAGGACUACCAUGCAACUGCGCGGCGACAUCGAUCCACGACACACAGAUAUGAUGGAUGUCCGUACCCUAGGUUUGCAAGCUCUAUUUCGUGAAACAUUGAUAUAUGAGGCUCCGGAUUCAUCCUGUGGUGUCCUGAAGAUCGGUCCAGUAGGACGAGAUGCAGCAUGCUAUUAUGAUCUCCGAUUGAAAAACUCUUCUAUCGAACGCAUCAUUGAUGGAAAGUGUUGGAGGCACUUUUACAGUGUCGCGCGUCAAGAAAUACAUGUUUACACUCCGCUAUGCCAACAUGAAGUUCAUGCACGCAAGUGAAUGAAUAAUAAACUGCGUAGACAAUUGUAUCGCCUCCACUAUACUAACAUUUCAGCUUACAAGCAACGGUACAGACAAUUGCUGUUGUUACGCUCAAGUGUCGUUCCCAACCAAUAAAUAAAGACAAGUAA